AUUUUAUUAGGAUGUUGUUUUUUCUACUAAAUAUACUGAGAUAUAAAAACAUUUCGCGUUGAAACUUUCAUAGACGAAAGGAAAAACUAUGCUAACACCAAAAGAUGGUUGUAUUUUUUGCUCCAUUGCUUACGGAAAGACAAAUCAAACAAUCCGUUUCGAAACCAAUGAUUUAGUGAUAUUUGAUGAUCACUUACCGAAAGCUCAGUAUCACUUUCAAUGUGUUCCUAAAAAGCACAUAAGGAACGCUAAAUAUUUGACUCAUGAAGAUAUACCACUAGUUAUGGACAUGAUGAAUUGCGGAAAGAAUUAUCUCACUAGUCAAUUGAAAUUGAACCCAGACGAUUUUUUGUAAAUUAUCAUUUAAUAUCAAAUAAGUUGUAGGUUUGGAUUUCAUUGGCCACCAUUCAACAGUGUCCAUCAUUUACACAUGCAUAUCCUUGGACCUAAACAACUUAUGAGUUUUAAUCUAAUGUUUGAUCCGCGAUUUCAUAUUUUCCGAAAGGUUGAGAGAGUUUUGGAUGAUUUAAAAAAGCUCGAAAUUGAAAGGAAGAAGUGAAAUAGGUCGACCUUAAGCAGUCAAAUGAAUAACUCAAUAUUUAGUUGGCUUUCUUUACGUGCUUUCAUAUUUUCUUUCCUAUUUUGCUGAUCAUCAAAUCAAUGUAGAUAGUUCUUUUUUACCGUGUUUUCGAAUCAUGUAAUUUGAUAUAUAUAUAUGAACUACCAUUUCUCAGAACAAUCUUAAAAGCCGUUGUGAUAUUGUUUUGACAAGAAGUAUGUUUCCAUUAUUUUAUCAGA